AUGUCGGUAUCGUCUCCGAUGCUGUUAGGUGGCGUGCCUGCGCUUCCGCUCCGAGGAGAAGCGUCGUCAACUUCGAAGCGUCCUGGAGUUUGGAGCAGCCGUCAAACCUCCUCGUCUUCUCGUUUAAAUUCUUCUCCUUUUCCUUCUUCUUUUCCUUCAUCAUCAUCGAAAAGGAGCAGACGAGGAGGAAGAGGACGCGCACGAGUACAUGUGAACGCGUUGUUCGGCGGUAAAGGAGGCGACGGUGCCUCGAAAGAGACGUCGACAUCAUCGUCCGGGACCAAGACAAAGGGAAAGGGAUCAUUGGCAUCGGGGGAUAAGAAACAGAAGAAAAAGUCAGCUCCUUCUUCUUCUACUCCUUCUUCGUCUUCGGCGGGCGAAAGCGCGACGAAUGCAACUGGAAAGAAGAAAGCAUCGUCCUCCUCCACGUCGCCGAAGAAGAGAAGUACGAAAGGGGAAACGAUUUUGACCGAUCCUUCGUUCGGGGGCGUGCGUUGGUUUCGUAGGCAAAAGAAAAAAGCGUACGAGUAUUGGAGAGCGCGAUCGGAUCGAGGGCACUUGCAAGUAGGCUCUUGGGGUCAAAACGCGAGAAUGCCACGGUAUCUACCACAGUCUUCCUAUAUUCCCGGGGACGCGUCCUCGAAUCCGUAUUUACGAAACCAAAAGAAGCUCUCUAUCGAGGACUUGCAGUUUACGCAAAUGGGUCGUGCGAAGCUUCAAAAGCACAGGCAAUCCAUCGCAUAUUCAAGGUUUUGUUUAGAUUUAAUCGAGGAAAGAAUUGACGAGGUAUACGUAGACGUUAUCGGUCAAAUAGCGAGAUAUUACGCGGUAUACCCGGACGGUAGACUCGCGGUUUGUCAAGUGCCGACGCUAGACAGUCGAGAACUUCGAGACCUUUUCAGAAUGCUCGAGAUUAAUCCCAUGCCUUUGAAAGAGGAGAGCACGUUCUCUUUGGAAACUGUGCUUCCAGACGGAAGUUCAGUGGACGCGAAAACAGGUUUUGCGAGCAAUUACUUCAUUCCCGGCUUUUUGAUCUUUGUAAUUUGGGGCGCCGUUUUCUACAUGACGCGUUUCCAAGAAGAUUGGGACGAUCGACAAAGAUUGUUAGAGAUUGAUCGUCAAAACGAAGAGCGUGCCGCCAUGGAAAAAGAAGACGCGAUGCUCAUUCGCAUCAAAGAUUCCAUGAUUGGGUUAAAAGAUAAAGAAGGGAAAGACGCCAAACGGUAUAAGGAAUUGCAAAAAGAAUUUCAGAAUCGCCAAGCGGGUUUGAUACAAGAGGCGGAAAUGAAGAAAGAAAAGCAGAUGCGAAAGUUGAGCAAGAAAGCGCGAGAAAGCGAAGAAAGAGGCGAAGCUGGAAUUUUCGAUCCAAAAGCGAAUGCAUUUUUAGAGCUAGGUGCGAGAGUCGUAAAAGCGCGAACGAAACAAGGGCAAGAGGAAGCAGUAGAGGAGAAGAAAGAUACGGAAGAGAAAAAGAAGAAGAAAAAAGAAGACGGCGAUAAAGAAGAAGAGGGAAAAGAUUCCAGACGUAAGAUGAAGAAAGGGAAACUGAAUUCCAAGAUGGCCAUGCGCGAUCACGACAGUAAAGUAGUUCUCUUCGAAGACGUUGCCGGUAUCGACCAGGCCAAGGUUGAAUUGACUGAAGUCGUCGAUUUCUUUUUGAAACCUGAAAAAUUUAAAGCGUCGGGAGCGAGAACGCCGAAAGGCGUCUUGUUAACGGGUCCUCCGGGGUGCGGGAAGACGCUUCUCGCCCGUGCCGUCGCCGGUGAAGCUGGCGCCACGUUUUUCUCCAUCACUGCUUCCGAGUUUGUCGAGAUGUUUGUCGGUGUAGGGGCUGCUCGCGUGAGAGAUUUGUUUGCGCAAGCCAAGAGACAAGCGCCGUCGAUUAUUUUCAUCGACGAGCUCGAUGCGGUUGGAAGACCUCGAGGUGGAGGUGGUUCAGGGAACGACGAGCGAGAUCAAACGUUGAACCAAAUGUUGGUCGAGCUCGAUGGUUUUGCUACAGAUACGCAAGUUGUUGUGAUUGCUGCUACGAACAGAGCGGACGUUUUAGAUUCUGCGCUCGUCAGAGCCGGUAGAUUCGAUCGUAAAGUUGUUGUCUCUUUACCAGAGUUUAAAGGAAGAAUGGCAAUUUUACAAGUUCACUGUAAAGAUAAAAAAUUAGCGGAAGAAAUCGACUGGGUUACGUUAUCGGAAGAAAUGGACGGAUUUUCAGGUGCACAGCUCGCUCAAGUCGUGAAUAUGGCGUGCUUGCAAGCGGCGAAGGACAAUCGAGAGUCGCUCACAAAUGCCGAUUUUAGAACUGCCUUGGAUAUAGAAAUAAUGGGGAAGUUGUUGCCGUUCACCAUCGGUCCCGAAAACGAAAAGCGCUUGGCGUUGAUUCACUCUGCAGCGGCUAUCGCCUACGAAAUGCACGUGCCUGACAUCGCAAGAGUAUCUUUCGUCACAGUCUUGGCGCGCGAAUCCAACACCACCGGUCAAGUUUGUUUGCUCUCAGAACCGGACAACGAUCGAACGAAAAUUUUUACCAAAUCGUUUCAUCGCCGACUGAUGCGAGUAGCUUACUCUGCUGGUUGCUUUGAGGAAUUAUACUACGGUUUCGAUAAAAACUCCAAAGCUUCGGCGGCGUACGAUGGGCGAGCUCGUGAACUCGCCAUUAGUAUGGUUCACGAAGCUGGCAUGUCUGACGUGAAAGAUUCGUACUUUGCGCUUUCGAUCAAUUACGAUGUGCUCGAAUUGUCAACGUUCUUGAAAGAUAAAAGAAGAGGUUAUCUCCUUUCUAAUGUCGAUAAAGAGAUGUAUUCGAAGGCCGAAUUUGAAAUUCGAGACAUUAUGCGCCAAAGUCGAAACGAAGCUAUGGAGUUUGUAAAAAGACAGAGACCGGCAAUCGAGGAACUCGCGCGACGCGUUCUCGCGAGCGAAAAGAAGACGGUUUUGAGUUAUGAAAUUCGAGAAAUCAUUGAGAAAUUUGGUGUCAAGGAAGACAUUGAAACCACCGUGGGGCCGCUGGGAAGCUCGAGAAAACCUAUCGCCGAAUGGGAUUCAGAAGGAAUACCGACAAACUUACGAUCAAGAUAA